GUUGUCACUUUUCAUGUCAUUUCCAUUAUCGUUCUUUUAUCAUUCUUCUCUCGAAUCAGUGUCUCAUUGAUUUGUUAGAGUUAAUGUCAGAGUUUGACGAGAAUCGAAAUUGAAAAGAAAUUGCUACAGGCCACUGAUGUAUAUAGAUAGAAUGCCACCACUUUAUAAAGUAAUUAAGUAUUUAUAUUCAUAUAUAUAUAUAUAUAUCCAUUAUAAAAUAUAAUUAUUAUAUUUGUACAAUAUAUAUAAGGCAGCCAUCUCCAGUGAAACAUUCAUAACAAGUGUGUGAUAAUAUUUGUAAAACUUGAUAUCCAAUAAACAAUCUUAUGUUCUUUACAAAUCACUGUUUUAGCUGCGUUCCCGCUGAUAGAGGAAAAAUGAAGCUACGCUAAGAAGAAGUAAACACAAUAAAUGCUCAUUUCUACGACCAACAACGGUAACAGUGAAAGGCGAAAGUGCCAUCUAUAACGAAUGUGCUGCCAUUUGAACGACUUGUGUUAAUACGAACCAGCGAGAAUAGAUAGCGUCAUCGGCUAUCUUGUGCACGUUUAAAAAAAGCAAAGGACAACAAUACGCGAUCGAAUGCGGUGAAAAAAUCGGUGAAAUGGUGGUGUUGUGUCGCGAAUAUAUUUAGAACGAGCUAUAGAAGAAAGGGAAAAAUGGAAAACAGUCUGAUAAGAAGCGGAAAUUUGCGGAUACUACUUGCACGUUCCUCGGAUCACGAGAUACAACGACCCUAUGCCGCACGUGUCUGCUGAAUCUUUUAUAGACAGUCGGUGCUGCCUUUGUAAAUAUCGUAAGAAGAUUCUAUAGCGUUUCAACUGGUCAAUUUCCUGGAUGAUUAGCUGCCUAUAGCUAAAGAGUGUACGAUGUUGGAAGGUGGACGUGCAGUGAUCUGGCUCCUUGUAUCAGCCCUACAAGCUGCACGCCACCCGAAAGAUUCACCUACUAACCCAGUUGCACCUGUUUGAACCCACCAGUUGCAGAGUCCUGCACCGUAACCCCAUGACGCGUUUAACACAUGGCCCGCCUGGAGACGAACAAGCAUCGAAGACUUAGCCGACAAAUUUUACAAGAGAAACGUUCACAUUUUCUCACCUGUUAUCCAAUGGUUAUUGCUAAUUACUAGAUUUACAUGUGUCAGCUGUAUGCAAUGGAGUAAGGGUAAAAAAGUACCAAGUAUAGUGGUGCAUAAAGGCAGCAGGUCGCACAGUCGACCUGAUAGUCCCACGGUGGUGGUGCGAGGAGGAAUGCCAUCAGUGUCAUCCUCCAGGCAAGGCUUCGUCGUAGGUGAACGCUCGAACGCGUUGCAUCGGAAUAGUUCAGAGUCGGAUAUGAUAGACGGGAAUGUCAGUCCGAAUGUCGCCACUUCUCCAACAUCGAAUUCGAUCCAGCAUCGUGUAUCGCCCUCUUGUCCCCCCGAUAAAACGGACACAGAGAACAAAAACUUUCGUAACAGGACGAAUACGAAAGUGAAGCUGUUGGUUAGGAGCCAUGCUAUGAGAGAAUCUACCUCUCCACCGAGAGAACCGCAGAACGGUUCCUCGUCUCCGCAUAGUCCUCAAUCGGUGGACGGUGAAAAGAAACUCUCCGCGGGUAACCUGUCAUCGUCUAAUUCCACUAACGCGAAGCUCAAUAACAACGAGUCAAUGUUCAACAGUAAUCUUUAUCCGAAUCAAUCCCCGAAGCAAAUGCGUAACACGGCCACUUCGCCUACUUGUCGAGCUCCAUCGCGAAACGGUCAAUCUAGUCCUUCUCAACUUCAUUCACCAAAGAAUCAUACAUCUCCAACGAACGGCAAUAAGUCGGAGAAUCAUCGUUCCAAGAUGACAGGCUCGAACGUGAUCCAAAAAUACAAUAACUGCGUGAAAAACAAUCAAAACGAUCGACCAGGCCUGCUACAGACACCCGUAUCCCCAUCGAAGUCUGGUCAGGCGUUACAGCACUCGCCAAAGAGCACGAACCUGGCCCAAAAUGCGCAAAACAAUCAACAAAAAUCGGAACAACGUAGGCCGAACACGUUGAACAUUUGCAACAACCACUGUAACAACGCACAGUGUGGCAAUACUCUGUCUGUGAGCAGACCAAGCUCGAGGCAUAAAUUGAGGCAUCAAAAUUCUUCCCAGGGUAGUUUCGACAGUGCUUCACCAUGCCUAUCGCGAGAUAGCAGUACGGAAUUGUACACGGACAGUACCGGGAUAGAUCUGGAGCAUUUCAUCGCGGAAACUAUAAAUCGUAAUCAAAAGGAUCGCACGGUGCUGUUGAAAAUAGAGAAAGACUUGAUAGAAUUUGCGAGGGAUAAACAGAAAGUCUGUCAUAAAUUUCCAAACAUGUCCUCGUACAAUAGAAUGUUGGUACAUCGCGUGGCCGCUUAUUUCGGAAUGGAACACAACGUUGAUCAGUCAGGUUCCAGUGUCAUAGUUACUAGGACAAAGAACAUGCGAAUUCCGAAUACUCGUUUCAAGGAACACAUUAGAGACGAUUUAAUUCUGUCGGAGGAACCUCGUCGAAGUAUUUUGAAACGAGAUUCCAGUUCGUUCGAAGACAGUUUCAAUUUCAAGUCCCCUGACAGAAUGUCCGGUGAUUAUUGUCGACAAAACAAGAGUUUCGAGGAACGAGAGGAGGAAUACGAACGCGCUAGACGAAGGAUAUUCAAGGAUAGCAGUGGAGAGAGUGGCGAAGUUACUUCCUGGCCAUAUUGGUCCUCUUCGGAAAGUUCUGAUGCUUCUGCGAGAUACCGUUUGUUGCAUCCUUCGGACCACACCAUAAGACAAAUGAAACUCACGAAAGGAGAAUCUUUUGAUGGAAGAGAAUCUUGUCGAGGUUCUAUAUUGAGGCCAUCGGUUUCCAAGUCGUUCAGUUUUGGUGGUUACACCAGGGGUAUGCUUUCUAGAGGGGACAGUGUCACAUCUACUCACAGCGCAGGAGCUCGACUUAUGAAGCAAGAUUCAGGUGCUAGUAUGUGUUCGCGACUGAGUCCUUCGAGUAGCGGUUACAAGUCACAAAGCCAGCGUAGCGACGCAACGAUAUCGCCUUCUCCUUCGCCAUCUCCUGUGGCAAACAUGACGUGCAGUCAUACCCAAGUAUCUAGUCAGGAUCUCGCAUCGCCAGAGUCUAAUAACCAAACGGUAAUGUGGGCAGUCACUAAUAUAUCCAGUGUACCGCCUGGUAGCAUAAUCAUAAACCCCCAAACCAAUCAGCCAUACACGAAUCCGGAUGGUUCGAUUUAUCGAUUCGAUCCGGAGAAUCCACCAAAAUUUUAUACGGCUCCAUCCUCGCAAGAGAACAAUGGAAACAACGCGUCGCCUGUUAAAAGCGUAGAAACAUCCGAGCCAUGCAAAGUUACGAAUAAUAUAAAGAAUGAAAAUAAGAAGAAAUCACAAUGCAGCAAACAUGCUAGUAGCAAUACAACUACAGUUACUCGUGUGACAAACUCUGCUACGUCACCGAGUUUGCCAUUCACACCGCCGCCACCGCCACCACUACCACCGCAACAACAGCAAAAUUUAGGACCAUCGCCAUUACAACAGCAACAUCAGCAGCAACAUCAGCAGCAACAACAGCAACAAACUCUAGUCAAAUCGUCAUCGACGAUGCAAACUUGUAAUCAUAACCAAACAGCUCAACCAUAUUCGACUUACCCACCUACCUCAGAUACAUACAACCACGGUGUUUUUCAACCCCAUGUGGGUCAGCAGACUGUGAUGAUGGCUCCUCAUCCGAGUCAGGGUCAGGCGAACGUUCCGAAUAAUGGUCAAGGGGAUGUAUACAAUCAGAAUUCAAUUUAUACGAAUUAUACAGCAGUACCUGUACAGCAAGGACCAGUAUCGCAAACAACAGAAGUAACGGAAUUAUCGGGAUAUUUUAUGGGUAUGAGUAUCUAUGAUCAACGUGUGGCAGGAGAAAAUCACUCUACACCACCUCAUUCUUAUCCACAACCACAGCCAUCUGCGAAUCAGACAAUGCAAAGUAUGCAGACUAUGCCACAAAAUUAUUGGCAACCACCACCCAAUUCAAUGCCACCGCAACAAACAAUGUAUUUUGUACCUCCACCUGGUGCAGCACUUACAGUUAGUCAGGGUCCAGCUGAUAGGCAACAGUUGCAUCAACAGCAAAGAUUCACGUCAAAUUAUUCUUUUAAUGCACAAACUAUGACUCCUCCGAGCCAAUCAAACUCUAAUUAUGUGGGCAGCUAUCCAGUACCUUACAAUUCGAUGCCUACCGUGACACCAACACCAGGCGAUUACACGUACCAAGCUCCGGUUCACAUGGUCCCCACGUACUACCCACCAGGUCAAGCGACGAUUCAGCCACCACCUGUCAUGUAUAGAGUACCUACUCCACCAAAUACUCCAACUUCUAAUCAGAUGUCUGGAAUGCCAUUGAUGUACGUUAAUUCUGGCAGCUAUCCACCACCAACAAUGGUAUCAAAUGGAACCUUCGGUCACCAAGUUGGGCAUAAUGGCACGUCACCGGCGCCUCCUGGAACGUACAUAACUCCCGCGCUGGUUCCUAAUCUGGUUUUCAGGCAAAAUGUUCCUGUUGUUGCCGGUGUUCGAGCUUCGACACCAGGCAAUUCUCAGAGAACAAGCAGGUCGCCGACUCCAGCACACGAACUCUUCGGAAGUGGGAGCGGGGACAGAAACGCACAACCCCAACCACGCUACCCACUGCCAAUGUAUCAGGGUGUUCAUAUUGUGCAAGGGGAUAUGAGAUUGAUGCAUCCAGGAGUACCAGUUAACCCGCGGUUGCAAUAUGCACCAGUACCAUCACCACCAGUUGUUCAGGGCUGUCCACGACCUUACAGACCACCUUCGUACUCGUCGAACGCCUCAGGCGCUGGUACACCCACCUCGUUUGAUGGAAGAAAUCAGAAGAUUCGUAAACAGAGGUCCAAAGUAACACAAUUACCAUCAACCGGCGCGCGGUCCAAUCUCUAUCAAACACCUUCCAUGCCAUCGCUUUCGUCUAAUGUACCGAAAGAUAUCAGAGAAGCGAAACCUGUGGAAGACAAUAUGAUAUAAGGGACCGUGAAGGUGACAAUCACCAGUCGAAAUCAACUGGUACAGUAUUAAGUACCUGGGCCAAUAUAGGAACGAAACACCGGCUGAACGUGAUGAAAAGACAAUUGAUUCGUUGCAAGCUGAUACACAAGAAAUUGGAAUGGCAGCUCGUGGUUCAUCAGUACACACACGCGCGCACGUGCGCAUAUUUACACAAAACACACAAAGUACACAAUGAUCCUUAUUAUUAAUAUUAACUAUACUUUUAAUUAAAUAUUUAAGAGAAGAGAAUAUAUAAAAAAAAGCACACACUGAUAGAGUAUAAAAUUCACGUGUUACAAAAUUGAGAAGAAACGAACAAGAACGAAAACACCUCUAUGAUAACAAAGAAACGGUUAUGCGCGUAUCUUUUGAUAAGAAAAAAAAAGGGGGGGAAGAAUGAAAAUAUCAAUAUAUGCCACGUUGAUUUCGUUCACAGUAUUUGGAUAGAGAAUAGUAUGAUAAAAAGAUACAUACAGAUUGUUUUACAAAAGGAUACAUACCGUGAAAAGUGGAAAUUCUUCGUAGCGAAGGAAAUUGAAAAAUUUUUUAUCAUUUUGACAUUUCUGGGACUUCGUAUUCAAAGUACAAGCAGUCAGAAAUGAAGGCAUUUAGCUUUUAAUUUUUCAAUUUUGUUUAACCAUGGAGAAUUUCAGGGUUUCACAGUGUAUUUCAUUUUUUAAGGCAGUCUGUAUUUAUACGUAUGGAAAGAGAAGGUUUAAUGUGUGCAUUGUUUUCGCUGUAGAGCACGCUUAGACACAGUGGGUGCACACCGAUCAGAGUUACUUGAACAGAAUUUUAACUAUUACAAUUAUUAUAUAUAUAUAUAUAAUAUUAUAUAUAUAUAUAUAUAUAUAUAUAUAUACAGUAUAUUAUAUCUGGAGAUAUUUUAAUCGCGGUUUUAUAGAUACUAUAUGAAUGUGAGAUUUACUUUUAAGGAAAAAAAGGUACUUUUAAAAGUGAACACAGAUAAAAAUACACAGGGAUUUCUUGUACAUACAAGAUCCGUGUAUAAUAAUGAUAAAAACUAAUGUACGCGCAUUACAAAAGUACACGACAUACUGAGUACGUUUACAGCAUAGCUGCAAUCCGUUCGGAAUAUCUGGAUUUGACUCAACGUUCCUUUUUAAGGAGUGAUCAUUGCUCACCGAUUCUUCCAUAUACUGCCACCAAACGGUUGCAUUAAUCUCUCAAAGGGAGUGACAGUGAAAAAAGAAACGAAAGGAAGAAAUAAAAAUUGCUGCCAGUUACGAUUCAUGGCCACACGAUCAAAUUAUUUGCUACCUCAAUUUUGUACCAAAAACUUUUUAGUCUGUAUCGGCCUUUAAAUAGAGUAACAAUUUUUCAGAAAAUUUUUCAUUCUCUUCUGUUAUUUAGAUAAAGGAGUAUUGACGUAUUCAGGCAUGUUCAUCGUUAAUAAGAUUCUUUCUUUUUUGUCCCGUUCAAUCAUUGAUAUUCAACGUCGCUUCUGAUCUCUGUACGAUUACUUUAGUCCAAGUUAAUGUAACUCGAACGAACGUGUAAACGUAUUCAGUACAUGGUCUAUCUAACUAGUUCGACACAGUAGUUAAGUAGCGCGAAACCAUCACAGCUUUAUAUCACAAAAAGAGAAUCUAUCUCUUAAAUAUUUGAAAUUUUGUUCUUUCUUUUUCUUUCUUUUUGUCUAUAUUAGGGAAUUGAUGAAAAAUGUAAUCGAACAUAGGACGCAUGUUCGUGAUAUUUUAUUUCCAAAGAUUAAAGUGAAACGCGAGAGCGUGUACAGUGUUAACUAUGAUUCGUCUUCCAAGCUUCACAGCACGCUUCUGUAUCUCAUAAAUGUCUCAGCUAUGUAAACAGGUAUACAUUUCAUGCCCUUGUUCUGUAAGGAAUCAAUAUGUCUAUCAGUUUGACAGCGGUGAUGGUAACGCGUGAUCGUCGUAAUUAAUAAUGUUUCCGUCUGUGAAAAAAAAAAAAAAAAAAAAAUGAAUCUGCGGAUCAACGUAGACGAUUCUUGCGUCAUUAUUGUAAAUUGUUGCGUUCUGUACUUCGUUAAUAAUCGUUCAACCCUUUCGUUAUGGAAUUCAUAUAAUUUAAAUGAAAACUUUCAAUUUUGUAAACUCGUAAACAGUUUUUGUAUUAAAAUGUAGGUCAUAGCGAAAGGGUUGACGUGAAAGAUGUGUUUGUUCAAUUUAAGUUCAAUGUAUGAUGAAUCGUUUCGUUCAGCGAGGGGUGUAUGUUGUUCCGCAGGGGAUAAACCAAGUGGAAUCCAUCCAGAAGCUUCGCUUACGGUGAUUGUACUUCAGGACGUAGGUGAAGGGUGUGCCUAUCUUUUUAUGAGAAGUCAAGCGUCGAAGAACGCGCGCAAUCGCUACCUUUUAUCUACCCUACGAUAACGAGCGAACUAAAAGGAGAGGGCACUAUUACUUUCUUCUUAAGUGGAAGCGUGAUAAAUUAAAUUAAAAAGUUGUAGGUUUAAAAAUCGCUGGACAAAACAUGAAAGAAAGGAAGAGAGAGAAAGAGAGUGUAUGUAUGUGUGUGUGUGUGUGUGUGUGUGUGUGCGAGUGUAUGUGAGAGAGAGAGAGAGAGAGAGAGAGCUGAACGGAGAUAUCCAAUGUUUCAAUUAUAAAGAGAUGGGCGCACAACCGUAGUGUUUAACUGUACCUAAAAUCGUCGUAGUGAUUAAUGAAGAUAAUUGUACCUAUAAAAAAAAAGAAGACAGUUUACGAAUCUCUCUAAGACACAAUUAAAAAAGAAAAUGACACAGAAUUAUCGGCUAUCCGAGAGAGAAACCGUCUGCAAAUAUUGUUGAGUGUUUCAUUAUAUCAUCAAGUUAUCAAGAAAGGAUAAAUAGAAAAGGAUUUACAGCGUGAUAUAAAUUUUAAGUACGAACGGUAGUUUGCAGACAGUUACACUUACGUCUAGCAACCGAACGAAAGUCAUCAUUGCAAUUGCACACUCACAUUUAUUUAUUUUUCAUUUUGCUCGUCGUACGCUUUUAUAAGGUCGUUCGAUGGAUCUGCUGCGCUCCUAAUUCAUAAUUAACCCUUUCAUUGAAAGGGUUACUUAUUUUUAAUAGUGACUAAAUUGCUUAUUUGAAAGUUCAACAAUAAUUAUAGUUUCGUUUUGUCUCCGUUUGUUGAUACUUUUAAUUAAUACAUGAAAAAUGGAAAAUUGAAGUAUUAGAUUUAAAAAUUUGUAAAAAGUUGAAAGAUGAGUCAACAGAUUUAUCGAGGGAAUCAGAAGGGAUUUCGUAACAUCGCCUGGACUAUUUCUAAAGAAAAAAAAAAAGAAAAAAAC